AUGGAACCUCCCAUUCCUAAAAUCAACAUUCUCUUCGGAAACACAAAGCAGCCUCCCACAGAUGAGGAGAAGGAGUUGGCUUCCAAGAAGCUGCAUAGCCAUCUGAUUGGACCCACCCUCGAUGAUGAAACCGACAAAGCAGAGAUCCUUCGGCAUGACAAUCUUUCGGGCGAGGACGUCGCCAUCUGCGCCGUGGACACUACGCAGUUUCCCAAAGGUCAGUUCGUGAGGGACAUGGAUCUACUCGAAUACUUCAGCCGCGGAAACCUCACCGCCGAAGAGGACGCCUUCAGCAAGCUUCGACGAUCGAGUGUCAGGGACAACAACGGAGAGUAUCUGUCCCAGGGGAUGCUGCAGGUUGAGGGCCGGUCGUGCACAGUAUCCUUGAAGGCACUGAAAGAAGCCGGACUUUGGGAUUUGUAUCCCGAGUUCAAUAUCAACGUUGCAACACUGGAUGCGCCAGUCCGAUCCGAGUGUGAGAAAUGGGUCAACUUAAUGCGAGGUUUUUGGGGAGAACAAAGCGCGCCCCCCAAGAAAGACAUUGAGCUUGCACGAAAUAUCGCGACCAGUUGUUUCGAACCUUUCAGCCAGACCGACAUCGCUUUACUGCUUUUGGCCUUCCACAAUCGUGAGCUUGCAAACGAAGGUAAGGCGCCAAUCUGGAAUUUCACUAUGCACAAGUCGCUACUGUAUUGGUGCGAACGAACAGGCAGUACAUCCUCUCUCACGGAAGAACCGAUGGAAGUCAGCCGGUGGUGGGAUCUGACAUGCAGACUGCAGAAGCUGCGUGCUGCUGAUUCUUUGGACGACCUGUUUGUUUUGAAGCUUCACGAUGGUAGUUCCGAGGCCGAGCGACCGUUGCCACAAGAUGACAGAAUCCUUCUAUGA